AGAGGGAUAAUCAUAUUAUGUAGGGAGAGAAAGAGAUGAGGAGAGAAAGAGAUUGAAAUAGAAAGAGAUUGAGAUUAUAUUAUAUACAUUUAACAUGCUUCAGUUUGUAUUGUCACAUAUUCUCUCUGUUUUGACAUAUAUUCUCUGUAUUAUUACAUAUAAGAAUAUGGCUAAAAGACUUUUGAGCUACAACAAAACCAAGUUAACAAUCGCAACCCGGGAAAUAUAGCCUUUAAUUCAAACACGAAUUAAUUUAUUUCCCCAUGCAAAACCUGGAUUUAAUCCUUUGUGAAAGGCCGGAAGUUUGCAAGAUGUUUUACACAUUCUGUUGAUAGACAUUGCAUUGAAUUAUUGAAGUCUUUCCAAGAUGCAGCAGGUAGCUGCUACUGAACAAGGCUUUGUAGAGAUCCUGACAGUACGAGUUGUCAUGGUAAUUACGCACACCGAUCGACAGGCAGACAUUUGAUCCGUGACGUCACAGGCAUCUGAUUGCUAAAUCCAACAUGGCGUGUUUGACAGGAUGCUUGUUGACAGAUUUACUACUUUUAAUAACAGCUGACAAGUGAUGACUAUUCGGUCGUGACGAUGAAGUAAAGACUUAAUUUAUCAAAUGUGCACUCUGGUUAUGGCUGCCUCGUCUUCGGGAGCGGGCGGGGUGACGGCGACAGUGACAUGUCCAACGUGUGAUCACACCGUCCCGCAAGCCCCCGGAACAAAACGAACUAUCUGUCCCAACUGUGGCAACUUCUACGACCGCGAGUCUGCGGAACGGCCGCCUUCGUACCGGAGAACUCGACAAAGCAACCCAGCGAGACUGCCCAACUUGAGGGACAAUCCAGACAAUGGCAAAAGCAAAGGAGGAAGUCGACUACAGUCCAUUGCAAAUUUUUUUCAAAAUCUUGGACCGGUGCGCAGUUCAUCAUCAAACAAUUCACAGGAGCGUCGGCCCUCGGCUGGAUCCAACACUGGAGUGAAAUCUGAGUUACCUCCCAUUGCUGAUGAGAAGAAUCUGACAAAUGCUAAGAAGAAACCAUCUUAUUUACCAUUGCCAUCGGCAGGACCCACACCACACUCCAGUCCACUAGGAUCUCCGAAAAAUGACCCUCCUGGGCCUGACAAACCCCCCAGAAGUCCUGGACCUGCAGAAACAAUACAAACGAAUCAUCUGAAAAAUGCCACAGCGGAACAGUUAAGACGAGAAGUUAAACAAUGCUGUGAGUCUGGAUUGUGGCGAUCUCUUCACGACUUCUAUGCAAUGACGUUUGAUUCAUUCAUUGAACUAAAUGCUGCUUUCAAGAUUGAUCCAUCCCAAGAAUACAAGACGGUUGAGGAGCCUGGAAUCAAGUUUGAUUAUGUGGGAGAUAUCUACCACAUUCUGCUUUCUCUUCCCAACAACAUUCAGAAAGAAGUUCUUAAGGCUAUCAUAAACAAUUUGCUCAAAGACAAAAGGAACCAUGAUCACCGAAUAUGGCCGCACAGUAAAGAUGAUUUGCGAGCUUACCUCAUCUUGUUACAGAACCCACAGUUCACGUCCCAGUCUACAUACAUUAUAUUUGCUCACCUGCUGAGACAAAUUGCAGCUUUAUCAGACCACGACCACCAUUUUCUUGUACACUGGAUCCGAAAGAUGAAACCAUCAGUGGUGAAAGCUGUUCUAGAUCGACUUCACAAUUUCAUUUCUGUCCGUCUCUUUCCUCCAAAACCACAAGAUUUACCUCCCUUGUCGAAAUGUACCUGGUGGAUCCCAAGUGCCACAAAAGUGAUGGCUCUGUUUAAUGCAAGUAACAACAUGUUUACCCCGAUGGUUUCAUACAUCGACUUCUACAACAGCUCCCUUGAUCACCUGGACCUUAUGGCCGAGUACUACGCCUGGCAGAACCCGAAUUCUCAUUCAGGGUUCUCUUUCUGUCAGUACCCGUUCAUCCUGAGUAUUGCUGCCAAGAGAUCGAUACUGCAGAAAGACUCAGAGCAGCAGAUGAUCGUCAUGGCUAGAAAAAGUCUGGUGGCCAAAGUCCAGAGACGCCAGCUGCCGGACAUCGGGAUGUUGUUUCUCAACCUGACCAUCCGGAGGUCGCAUCUUGUGUCGGACUCGCUACAUGAGAUUGCACGUAAACAGCAGGACCUGAAGAAGAAGCUGAAGGUGACGUUCUCGGGGGAGCCGGGUCUCGACAUGGGGGGGCUCACCAAGGAGUGGUUUCUGCUGCUGAUCCGCAGAAUCUUCCAGACGGACUACGGGAUGUUCACGUACAACAAGACGUCAGGGGUGUACUGGUUCAGCUCCUUCCCGUGUGACAACUACCAGGAGUUCAACCUUGUUGGUGUCUUGAUGGGUUUGGCGGUGUACAACAGCAUCAACUUGGAUCUUCAUUUCCCGCCCAGCUGUUACAAGAAGCUGCUGAGUCCCGCGGUCGUUCCCUUCAACAACCCACGCGCCACUGUCGGCGUCGCUCCGGUGUCAUUACUUGACUUGAACAUGAUUCAGCCGGAUGUUGCGAAAGGUCUACAGAAUUUGUUGGACUAUGAUGGAAGUGUAGAGGAUGACUUUGGUCUGACCUUUCAGAUAUCACAAAGUGAGUUUGGAGGGCUGAAAACUAUUCCUUUGAAGCCAGGAGGUGAAAAUAUUCCUGUUUCAAAUGAAAACAGAAAAGAAUAUGUUCAAUUAUAUGUGGACUGGGUGCUGAACCGGUCAGUUUACGCACAAUUCCAGGCAUUCUACCAUGGGUUCCACAGUGUGUGUGCAUCGAACGCUCUCAUAAUGCUGCGACCGGAGGAGGUGGAGAUGUUGGUGUGCGGCAGUCCGACACUGGACAUGUCUGAGCUGAAGAAAGUCACCUCAUACGACGGCUAUACAGCACAGGACCAUACAGUCAAGUUUUUCUGGGAUGUUGUGUUGGCAUGGUCUCCAGACUUGCAGAAGAAACUGCUGCUAUUUACAACAGGAAGUGAUCGGGUGCCGGUCGGGGGCAUGGCGGAGAUGUCUUUCAAAAUCACACGCGUGUCAGGACAGGAACUGUUGCCGAUGGCCCACACCUGCUUUAACCAGCUCGUUCUGCCGGCGUACAAGAGUAAGCGGAUACUCAAACAGAAACUCACUGCUGCCAUUCAGAAUACCGAGGGCUUUGGGCUCGAAUAACAAGAAAUGAUUACAAUUGUUUUUUAUUCUAACUGCUGUGAUACAGGAUACGGAGAUAUUCGGAGAGUAACAUACUGUUUCUUUAUGCAUACAUGCCACAUGUUUGAUUGGGUCUCUAUUCAGCAAAAUGGCGAAAUAUGAUUCCUUUGUUAAUUAUAUGGUACAAUACUGCUGUGUCCAAAUAUCUGCAUAUUACAGACUUAUAUUUUGCAAAUAAGUAUGAACACUUCUUAGUAUGAAUAUUCAUGAUUUUUAAAUUUUUACUUGCCUUUGUUAGUUCAUGUGGUCAAAGUUGUUUUUCAUUUUUACUUGCCUUUGUUAGUUAAUGUGGUCAAAGUUGUUUUUCAUUUUUACUUGCCUUUGUUAGUUAAUGUGGGCAAAGUUGUUUUGUUGGUCUGUGAAGGUACAAUAUGUUGUAAGUGUUUGAAGAUGUUUUCACCUUUAUGGUCACAAAAUGAUGGACACAUAUUAGUUUUAACAGCUGAUUUUAUUGUAUUAUUUAAGACUAUUUUAUAUUUAUUAUAUAUAUAUAUAUAUAUAUAUAUAUUGUAUUUUACUUUUUAAUAAUCCACUGGAGAGAGCACUGGACAUCACUGAAAAUAUUUGGUUUGGUGUUCAACUUGAUUUGAGUUGUACUUUUGUCAUUCCUUGUUUUGUAAAAUGUAUUUUAUAUUACAGUAUGGAUGUUUAAAUAUUUUAUGUUGUUUAAAUAUAUGGGCAACAGUAUGAUCACAACUUAUUUUAUUAACAUAAUUUUGUUUAAAAAAUAUUUAUUGUUUUCUCAGUUUGCUAAAUUAACAGUUUGUUUGAUAAUUGUGGUUUUAUCAUUUUAUUUUAACAAUAUUCUUUAUAUCAUAUUCCAAAAGUAAGGAAAACUAGUUUAAUCAAGACCUCCUUCAUAAUUUGUUAUUUUGCAGAUGUAGUGAUUGUUAUGUUAGAACUCCCCAAGUGCACAUAGUCAACAUUAUGUUAUGUUCAAUUGUAAGUACGGUAGUAAUUUUGUAUGGUCUCAUUAAACAGUUAUCUUCUGGGUCCACCAUAGUUUCUAACUGAGAAACGGUCUACUCUACAUAUUCACUUCCAGUAAUUAGAGAACAUUUAAAAUGAUUUAUGUUCCUAAAGGCUCUGUUCUCGACUGAAUUUCACUGAAGAGAUCGUUUCAUAUUACUAGUGAGUAUUUAAUAGAUCUGGUGUAUUCCUAAAGUCUCUGUCCUCGACUGAAUUUCACUGAAGAGAUUGUUUCAUAUUACUAGUGAGUAUUUAAUAGAUCUGGUGUAUUCCUAAAGUCUCUGUUCUCGACUGAAUUUCACUGAUAAGAUUGUGUCAUAUUAUUAGUGUGUAUUUGAUAGGUCUGGUGUAUUCCUAAAGGCUCUGUUCUCGACUGAAUUUCACUGAUAAGAUUGUGUCAUAUUAUUAGUGUGUAUUUGAUAGGUCUGGUGUAUUCCUAAAGUCUCUGUUCUCGACUGAAUAUCACUGAUCAGAUUGUGUCAUAUUAUUAGUGUGUAUUUGAUAGGUCUGGUGUAUUCCUAAAGUCUCUGUUCUCGACUGAAUUUCACUGAUAAGAUUGUGUCAUAUUAUUAGUGUGUAUUUGAUAGGUCUGAUGUAUUCCUAAAGGCUCUGUUCUCGACUGAAUUUCACUGAUAAGAUUGUGUCAUAUUAUUAGUGUGUAUUUGAUAGGUCUGGUGUAUUCCUAAAGGCACUGUUCUCGACUGAAUUUCACUGAUAAGAUUGUGUCAUAUUACUAGUGUGUAUUUGAUAGGUCUGGUGUAUUCCUAGUCUCUGUUCUCGACUGAAUAUCACUGAUAAGAUUGUGUCAUAUUAUUAGUGUGUAUUUGAUAGGUCUGGUGUAUUCCUAAAGGCUCUGUUCUCGACUGAAUUUCACUGAUAAGAUUGUGUCAUAUUAUUAGUGUGUAUUUGAUAGGUCUGGUGUAUUCCUAAAGGCACUGUUCUCGACUGAAUUUCACUGAUAAGAUUGUGUCAUAUUACUAGUGUGUAUUUGAUAGGUCUGGUGUAUUCCUAAAGGCUCUGUUCUCGACUGAAUUUCACUGAUCAGAUUGUGUCAUAUUACUAGUGUGUAUUUGAUAAGUCUGGUGUAUUCCUAAAAGCUCGGUUCUCGACUGAAUUUCACUGAUCAGAUUGUGUUAUAUUAUGUUUCUGAUAGGUGUGGUGGAAUGAUGAGUCACUUUGGCUCCAUUACCACCAGAAAACAAAUAGAUCUAUACAGCCUGGGGGAAAUAAUACUGAGACAUGUCUGCAUAAAACUCCUGAUGUUUUGAAUUUUUUUAAAUGGUAAUCGAUAUCAGGUCCACAGAGAACAGUUUAUUAUUGAAUUCUUUAACAUAAUAUUGAUUAUGUCAGAGAGGUUGCGAGGAGUGAUAAGAUCUUGGGAAAAUUGCCACUACCAUAGCAAAAGUUGGUCACUGAUUUGACAUUUUGUCCACACUUGAAUGUCAUGCAGUGCAUUCCGUCCAAAUCGAUAUCUGUGUAAUGGAGAUUUGUGUAAAACCUUCAUGAUCUCAAAGUUCUGUUCAGUGACAAUAUUUUAGGUGACGCCAAUCUAUUCUUGCACUCUGUGUAUACAAGUGCAGUGAGUCAUUUCCCCAAUGCAUCCGGUUUACAUUAUAUUAUGGUAUAUGUUUUAAAAUUAUUUUAUUUCUUUCCAAUAAUUUGACAUGGGAAGUGAAUAUAUUUUGACAAAUAGAUACCAGUGCAUAUACUAUAUCUUUAAGGAUGGAGGAAGAAUUCUUUGAUGAUUUAAAAACAUAUUUAACACAACCUUAAUAUCCACUAUACCUGUGUUCUUAGAAUUUUGUUAUGUACAAAUUAAAUAACCAGUAAUAAUUUGUUUUAGAGCCAGAGAACAAUCCGUAAUAUAUAUAUUUACCGACAGUAAUUAGAUAUAAUAAUGUACUGUAUAUAUAUAUAUAUUAAUUGAUGUGUUUAUGUGAUUACCAUAUUGGUGUGAAAUAACUAUGCAUGUAUCUUUGUGAUGUGUUAUAUUCUAGUCUUGGUUGCCUUGGCAACUGUACUCCUAGUCAUUUCAGUCUUGUUUGAAAAAACAAAGCAACUACUACUUGAAUGUGUAAGCCAAAUACUUUUAAACUAAGUUUGAGUCAGGGGAAUAACGUUGGACAAUCUCCGACAACAAUAUGAAUGCUGGUUUCCCUUGCUUUUGUUGCACAAAUUCAGCUGUGUUAUUACAGUUGAUGAGGUUUUUAUCAGUUCAUUUUUGUCCAUCCUUGAUCAAGUCAAAAGGCAAAAUAUAGGAAUUACUUUUCCAAUGACCGACAAUGUGAACUUUUUUGUUGAUUUUUAAUGUUAAGUUUUAGCAUUUAUAUCAAUUUCUCACAAACUAUAAGUCUUAGUCCAAGGGAAUUUUGUUUAUAGUCUCACCUAAUGGUAUGUAGGUUCAUCUAGAUACUUGUUAAAAAAAACAAAGAGGGAAAAACAUUUAUUACAUUUUAAGUUUUAGUUGAAAUACUCCAGCAUUUUGCUUAGUUACGUUUCCCCCGUGUUGAGCUCCAUUUGAAACAACCUUUAAGUCCUACACAAUUGAAACAUGGUUUAUAGUUCAGUCUAUAAAUAUUCAUCUCAAUGCAUGUUAAAUUUUUUUUUUAAAGAACUAGAUUAAUCAUGAAUUUUACAUCACAGAUUAUUUCUUUUAUAAAUUUUAAUCGAUUAAUUAUAAAAACCUUAUUGAGAUGAACAUGUGUGAAUAAAAUUAUGAGCAACGCAGAAUCAGUUUAUGGUAGGUAAGACAUUUAGUUGCAUGGAAUUCUGGUAUGGAUAUUUUCACAAUUAAUGACAGUUUUAAUAUAAUGUGACACUUUUAUCAAUUAACAAAUCAUUUUUGUUUUAAUUACAACAAAUCAAGGAAAUAAAAUACUAUUGAGAUUUGACCUGUGGUAUGUUUCUAAAAAGAUUAACUGUGCCAAAUAAAAUUUUGUUUUGAAAUUAACUUUUAUAUAUUUUUAUGUUUGGAGAUCCUAUAAAUAACAAAGGUCUGAUAUUGUCAGGCAUUUUUUUUUUUUUUUUUUUUUUUUUUUUAAUCAGUUGGUUUUUUAAUACAACACAAACUUGUACUUUUUUUAAUAUAAUACAUACUGUUUUUGUUUUUUUAGUACAGUACCAACUUGUACCUUUUUCAGUUCCGUAAAGACUGAAGUUUAUUUUCCGUCCAGUGUAAACAUACUUUUUCCAUCCAAUUGUGAGAAAGCGGUACUAGUAUUUACAAUUUUGAUAUUAUAUGAAUAUUGUACUAUUGCUCAAGGUUUUGCAUCAGUUAAGACUAGUUUUGCUUUCUGAUGUAACAUUUUCUAUUGUUGGUGUGUGUAAUACUUUAAUAAUGUGUUAUUGAAUGUUGGUGAUUUUUCUUAAUUUGUAUUGUCACAAUGUUAUAACUAUAUUCACAUUUUAAAGAUUUUUAUUUUAUUUUUGUAAAACCGAAUCACUGUUCAUUAUUGUUGUUAGAUUCCGUCCAUCUAUAUGUAAAACUGAUUUGUGAUCAACAUGUUAGCCAUUUGCAUUUUUCAGUGCUGGUUUUUUUAAUAUUCAUAUUUGUAAAGACUUUUAAAAUUAAAUUAUUUUCUUAAUAUAUGUUACACGACAUUCAUUUGGAGGUUGAGAAUUUUUGUUGUCAUUAAAUAGUCUCAUGGUUAAGUUUGAAACUUCUUUCUAAGAAGCAUGACAAUUUACUCUUAGCAUACAUACUGUAUACAUUUGUAAUCAAACACAUAUUUUAGUGGCCUGCAGACAAAAUGUAAAAAGCCUUUUUUUUAAGAAACCGCUAUCUAACCGUGGCAUUGAACUUUCAUGACCUUGGUAUACCCAGUGGCAAUACCAUAUAAGGAACCAUUCUCAUGAUUCAGAUCAAAGACAGGAAUUGUUACUUCAGGUUUAAUCUCCAGUUACUCUUCAAACAUAAUGAAAUCUACAUGUUGGCUUAGAUUUUUUUCCCCAAUAAAAAGACGAAAAUCACUAUGACACACAUAUACUUUUAAGCUGAUUUAAAUCUUUUUCAGUCUUAUGUAGAGAGAGAAAAAAAAGACAGAUAUGGAAAUGUAAAUCUUUUUUGUUUUUUAAACUUUGUUUCUGAUGAUAUUUUUAGAUUGAUAUACUAAUGAACCAGAAUCUAAUUCAUUGUAUUAACAAGUACAAAUAAGAAAGAAACUAAUGUUCGAUUUAUUUAUUUUUCUUAUAUUAUUUUGGGAGAUUUGUAUUUAUACUUUUCCAGUCUUUUUAGAGCCAUCAUUGAAAAUAAGAAUAGAAACCUUUUAGUCGUUCAUCUGCAAUCUUUUUGAGGUCUAAUUUCAAUUAUCAUAAUAUGGUUUAAAGAAACAUAUUUCCACUGUGUUUUGAAUUUACAUUUAUAAACAGAAUAUACAUCCUCUUCUUGAAGGAGCACCAACAUUCCAUUAAAUGUUGGAAUAUCUCAACAGAAUAUGGCAGCAUGCAGACACGACUGUGGUUAAUUUUAAUUUCAUCAACAUAUAGAUAUACUGGUUGUUUUACUUUAGCAAAUUUAGUAUUAUCAGUGAUGCUUUAGUGGAGACCGUAAAACUGAAAAUUUUAAACAGUAAAACCAUUGAUAUUCACUGGCAACUAAAAUCACCCAGGAUUAUCCCAAUUUUCACACGUUUUAAAAGAAAUAAAAUAACAAUCCUACAACAUAUUCUAAUAUUAUUGCAAUGUUUUCAUCUAAAUUGUGUGACUGAUUUUUUAAUGGAGAUAAAAAAAAAUCAAAUAUUUUCAUAACCAAAUAUUUUAAGUUCUGGCCAGGAAAAUUAUAUUUGCAAAAUUUAUGACUUUCCAGUAUUUCCAUGACCCAUAUGAACCCAGGUAAAGAGACUGUUCUGAUUUUCCAGUAUUUCCAUGUCCAGUAUGAACCCAGGUAAAGAGACUGUUCUGAUUUUCCAGUAUUUCCAUGUCCAGUAUGAACCCAGGUAAAGAGACUGUUCUGAUUUUCCAGUAUUUUCAUGACCCAUAUGAACCCAGGUAAAGAGACUGUUCUGAUUUUCCAGUAUUUCCAUGUCCAGUAUGAACCCAGGUAAAGAGACUGUUCUGAUUUUCCAGUAUUUCCAUGUCCAGUAUAAACCCAGGUAAAGAGACUGUAUUUUCAUGACUCAUAUGAACCCAGGUAAAUAAGCUGUGCUGAGUUUUCAGUAUUUCCAUACCCAUAUGAACCAAAGUAAAUAGGCCAUUAUGAUUUUCCAGUAUUUCCACGACCCAUAUGAACCCAGGUAAAAAGACCAUUCUGAGUUUCCAUUAUGAUGCAGGUAAAUGAGUUUGCUGGCAUUGUAACGUGUUGGACUACCACUAGUACCAGAGCUUAAUAACUAAAAUUACAUAUUAAAACCAUUUUCUUGUUUGGAAUACCAGUGCCUGUAUAUUCAUGUCUGUAGUUGCUCACCGAUAUUCUAAAGAAGAAAAUAUAUUUAUUAUCAUGUAAUUUUGAUUGUUAACAAUGCUGCGUUAGAAAUGUAUAACAAAGACGACACAUUCAGGAUAUUCCCUUCAGUAAAUACGAUCACAUUCCUGUUAAGACUACGAUUACUGUCCGUAGAAAACAUGCAUUCUUCAGACUGAACAUUUGCUGUGGGUAAAAUUCUGGUUUUACUCCUGUCUGAUUUGUUGUACAAAUGUGUUGAAUAGGAAUGUUUUGCUAAACAAAGCUUAUUCUUUUGAUUUAUUUACAAUUGGUCAGUGGUGUCUCAGGUUAAACUGCUGCUUUUAAAUAUUUUAAGAACAAAAACUGAUUUUAAAUUCAAAUAGUUUUGAAACCUACUCUCCCCUGAUUUUAUGUGAAAUAGUUUUGAAACCUACUCUCCCCUGAUUUUAUGUGAAAUUGUUUUGAAACCUACUCUCCCCUGAUUUUAUGUGAAAUUGUUUUGAUAAAAAAAAAGAGAAAGAUUUUACUUUUAAUUUUUUUGAGAAGCUGAUUUUAUAUUCAAAUUGUUUUGAGAAUUUUUUUUAUUUAUUUACAAAUUGUUUUACUUACUUACCAGUUGUUUUGAGAAAAAGAUAUUUUAUUUUCAAAUUGUUUUAAGAUAAACAAAUUUCUUCUUGUUUUACAUUUUGUCAAAUGUUUCAAGCAAAUCAGUUUUUCUUGUUAUGAUGCUGCUAAUAAACAUUACAUCAGGAAGAGCCGUUUUAUAUAUGUUUGAUUAAUAAUCUUGUUAAUGUUUGUCUAAAAUACGACUGUCACAUGUAGUACUGCUUCUUGUUACUAAUAAACUAUAAGCACGU